CAAGCUAAAGACAGAGACACGGAUAAGGUUUCUGAAUUUCGAUUGAAAAGCGAAUUUGUCUCCCACCUUUUGACGUAACGUUGGGUUAGAUGGCCAAAGGGCGUGUCGGGCGCAGUUAAAAUGGAUAUUAAAACUGCGGUUUUUAAUGCGGCUAGAGAUGGGAAGCUGAAACUUAUCCAGAAGUUACUGUACAACAAAAGUCCACAGGAGUUGGAGGCACUUGCGGAGGAGAAGACCCAAGGAGGUACACCGCUUCUGAUAGCGUCACGUUACGGACAUUUAGAGGUAGUUGACUACCUACUUCGACACUGUAAGGCUAAUGUGGAACUGGGGGGAUCAGUUAACUUUGACGGGGAGACAAUUGAAGGAGCUCCUCCUCUUUGGGCGGCUUCUGCUGCAGGUCACUUGCCUGUUGUGAGAACUCUGCUGAAGCAUGGAGCGUCUGUCAACAACACAACACUAACCAACUCGACCCCAUUGCGAGCUGCCUGCUUUGAUGGGCACCUAGAUAUUGUGCGCUACCUGGUAGAACACAAUGCUGAUAUGGAGGUGGCCAAUAGGCACGGUCAUACUUGCCUUAUGAUAUCUUGCUACAAGGGCCACAAAGAAAUUGCAAAGUUCCUGCUAGAGCGGGGCGCAGAUGUAAACCGCAAGAGUGUAAAGGGCAACACGGCUCUGCAUGACUGUGCGGAGUCUGGGAGCCUGGACAUCAUGAAGAUGCUGCUGAAAUGCAAUGCCCGCAUGGAGAGAGAUGGGUAUGGUAUGACUCCCUUACUGGCCGCCAGUGUUACUGGCCACACCAACAUUGUGGAAUACCUGGUGCACCAGCCUCGCUCUGCACGCAAAGAGCGCAUCGAUGCCCUCGAGCUGCUGGGCGCCACGUUUGUUGACAAGAAGCGUGACAUGCUGGGUGCCAUGCGUUACUGGCGCCGGGCGAUGGAACUGCGUCAGCCGGGCGACAGGGCCGGUGCCUUAGUCAAGCCACCCCCAAGCUCUCCAGUCCCUGCGUAUGAAUAUGCACGGGAGGUGACCACGAUUGAGGAACUGGAGGCCCUGAUCACCGACCCCGAUGAGAUGCGCAUGCAAGCCCUGCUGGUGCGUGAACGAAUCCUGGGGCCCUCGCACCCGGACACUUCCUACUACAUCCGCUACCGGGGGGCCGUGUAUGCCGACUCGGGCAACUUUGAGCGCUGCAUCAGCCUGUGGAAGUACGCGCUGGACAUGCAGCAGAGCAACCUGGACCCGCUCAGCCCCAUGACGGCCAGCAGUUUCCUGUCCUUUGCAGAGCUCUUCUCCUUUGUGCUGCAGGAUCGCGCCAAGGGCACACUGGCCACCCGGGUCACCUUCCAGGACCUGAUGGGUGUACUGAGCAAGAGCGUGCGCGAGGUGGAGCGGGCGGUGGCCCAACGCGACAGCCACCCAGAGGCGCCCCAGUUCACCAAGGCGCUGUCCAUCAUCCUGCACCUUAUCUACCUACUGGAGAAGCUGGACUGCACCACUGAGCAGGAGCACCAGAAGAAGCAGACCAUUUACCACCUGCUCAAACUCAACCCACGGGCACGCAAUGGCUACACUCCCCUGCACAUGGCAGUGGACAAGGACACGACGGCUGUUGGGCGCUACCCAGUGGGGCAGUUCCCCUCGCUUGCAGUGGUGGGUUUACUCUUAGAUUGCGGUGCGGAUGUGGACUCCCGUGACUCUGACAACAACACGCCCCUGCACAUCUCUGCUGUGAACGGCUGCCCAGAGAUCAUGAUCAUGCUGGUGCAUGCCGGCGCACACUUUGACGCCACCAAUGCUCAGCGCAAGACUGCCUACGAGCUAUUGGAUGAGCGCUGCACCGGCCGCCAUGCCCUGCACCCGCUCAACUACGUCACACUGCAGUGCCUGGCGGCCCGUGCCAUCGAGAGGCACAGACUGCCCUACAAGGGGCUCAUCUCUGAGGAGAUGGAGGCCUUCAUUGAACUGCACUGAUCUCCAUCUAGCCUUCUCUCCUAGUGCCAUUCUGUCUUCUCAGGCUUUGACAAAAUCUGAACGGUAACUGUGCUCGUCAUGACCUGUAACACAGUUCAUUCGCAGUGUGUUUUUCCUGUAAGUUUUCUUUCCUCAUUAAAAAGUGGGCAAGGUUUGCAGUUAGGGUUGACACACCACUGAUUUGACCUCAGCUCUAGUUCUUUCCUGUCUUGUUUUCUGAUUUCUUCAUGUGCAAGAAAAUAAAUGUUAAGCUCUGGCUGUCUGCAUGUCAUUUAGCACUACAACUUGACUGAAAGGUGGCUGCAAGUGCUGCACAUGCUGCACAGUGGUAGAUGAGGAUCUGGAAUGGAAUGUUGCGGUGUAGGUAAACUUUACCAAGUACAUUUAUUUGGGGUUAGAGAGUGAUUAUAUUUGGUUUGUUCUCUUUUUAGCCGCAGUCUUUUAGCACAACUAAGUUUGUCUGGCUCCUGAGUGCAAAUCUUGACUGGCUCCUAGUUCUCUCCAUUUCUCCUUAGCAGGGUUGCAUCUUUAGUUCUCUCUUAUUCGCAUAUUGUAACAUUUGAAGCGAUGGAUGAAUUGUGCUCUGCCAAAGCCUUUAAUUCUUUAAUGAGGUUAUUUGGCCCCUCUUAAAUGAUAAACCACCCCAAGGCCCCCAUUUGGCCUUCAAUGUCAUCUGACAGCUGCUGAUUUAAAUUUCUCCACUCAGUUUUUGUUUUAGGCUUUUUUAAUUGGCAUGUAGUAAUAUACGUUGAUCCUUACCUGGAUGUACUGUACAACAGAUGUGGGAACAGGACAAACAAGU